UCACAAUACAUUGGCACGUGUUGUAAUAGAUAGUUAUUUUAAUACUUUUUGUCGAACAAUUUGCAAAAAUAUAAUUUGGUCGCUAUAUGAUCGCUAGGUUAGAGGUUACCAUCACUGAACAGUGCUUUGGUCGUAAGGUUACCCCAUCCGCAUUCGUAUUAUUCUGGAUAAGGUUUUAUUUUGGGCUCAUUUCCCUUUCGUGGAAAACAAAGAAAAAAAAACAAUAAUGAUGAUUCACUUUUACUCCUCUUCUCUCCACAGCUCGAAGUUCUUGGACGGAUUCAGAUAUCAUAGCCUAUCUGUGAUUAGAUCUGAAGCACGUAGUUUCAACGUGACCACCACGAGGAAGGAGGUCGUUGUGGCGGCUGCUCCUCUUCUCUCUUUGCCGGAAAACAGGGUUAUCCCUCUCUCCAACCUCGACCUGCUUAUCCCUCCUGUCGACAUCAACGUUUGCUUCUUCUACAAGAAACCACUUUAUGGCAUUAUUGGUGAUGCCCUCAAAACGGCUAUGGCGGAGGCUCUUGUCUCCUACUACGUUCUUUCCGGGGAGGUCUCCAUCAAUCCCACCAACGGAGAGAACGAGAUUCUCUGCAGUAACGGUGGUGUGGAGUUUGUGGAAGCCGCUGCUGACGUGGAACUCCGAGAGCUUAACUUGUAUGAACCUUAUCAAAGUAUUGCCAAGUUUGUUCCCAUGAAAAAGCAUGGAGUCUUUGCUAUUCAGGUAACUGAACUGAAAUGUGGGAGCGUAGUAGUGGGAUGCACAUUUGAUCACCGUAUAGCAGAUGCUUAUUCCAUGAACAUGUUCCUCGUCUCGUGGGCCGAGAUAUCUCGAUCCGAUAUACCGAUUUCGUAUGUACCUUUGCUCAAAAGAUCCCUCUUAAAGCCACGACGACCCUUGAUCAUCGACUCUUCAAUAGACAAACUGUACAUGCCUAUAACGUCCUUGACCGUUCCACAAGAAAUCACUAAUCAAGAUAAUAUCCUAACAAGCCGUAUCUAUUACAUCAAAGCAGAUGUCUUAGAAAAGUUUCAAACUCUGGCUACUAAUGGUAAGAGGACCAAACUCGAGUCUUUCAGUGCGUUUCUAUGGAAACUCUUGGCUAAACACGCUGCAACAGAGUCGGUACUCCCGACUAAAACCUCGAAACUUGGCAUCGUUGUUGAUGGAAGGAAGAAACUUAUGGAGCAAGAGAACUGCAAUUACUUUGGGAACGUCCUCUCAGUUCCAUUUGGAGAGCGGAGAAUCGAUGACUUGAUCCACAAGCCAUUGUCUUGGGUGACAGACGAGGUUCACAAGUUACUGGAGAGUACAAUGACCAAAGACCAUUUCUUGAACUUGAUCGAUUGGGUUGAGACUAGCCGUCCGAUACCAGUUAUAUCAAGGAUCUACAGUACAGGAUCCAACGAUGGACCCGCUUUCGUUGUUUCGUCUGGAAAGAGUUUUCCAGUGGCCCGGAUUGAUUUCGGGUGGGGCUCGCCUGUUUUUGGAUCGUACCAUCUCCCACCCGGGAGCAGAGCUGGUUACGUAAUGACAAUGCCGAGUCCGGUGGAAAACGGUGGCUCCGGAGAUUGGACGGUUUACUUGCAUCUUACGAAAGGACAGUUGAGGUUUAUUGAACAAGAGGCUUCUCAUGUGUUUAAUCCUGUUGACAACGACUAUCUCAAGAUUUAAAGCAUUAUCAAACUUUGGUUAUAUUAUUAUGCAAAUAAAGGCUUAUAUAAAUUUGGCUUUUAUAGUUGUAAAUUUCAGUUUAAGAUCA